UCGAAUUAUCCCUCUCUCGUUUUCACGGUUGUUCCUUGUAUCAGCCAUUAUUCAGAGGUGAACAAUGGUCGUGAUAGUUUGCUAGCACGUUUUAAACCGUUCUUGUUGACACGGGAUCAGUGCGUGUCGUUCUGCAAGCUUUUCCAUCGGGCAUAGAAAGAAAAGAUGGAGGUACUGAUCGACUGUUACUUCGACAAGCUGUUCGCUGAAAUGGAACGCAGUUGCUUGGCCUCUCGAUACAAACGUCGCGAGAUGGUUGGCUAUUUUUCAGAUGUGAUAAAUAGCUGUUCAGCAGCAGAGAACCUAGAUAAGCAAGACGUCUGCGAGAGGAUAGUAAUGUCUGCCCUUCGUUAUCACAACAUCGCAAUGAUGGAAAAUGGCUAUGUGUGCCUUCUUGGAAAGUUCCACAACGUGCUCUAUGUGGCAGCGAAACUUUGCUUCGACUGGAACCUGAACAACAACGAGAUUGUCUCCAGACUACUUAACGACAUAUUCUACUGCGAGAAAACGUUCGAGCGUAUUUUGGUUGGGGCCAUAUUCGGUACACGAGUGACUCACUUCCUGUCCGGUUGGAAAAGCGACUUCGAGGAUCGCGAAGAGAAUCUUCGAGCUCUAAUGUAUUUCUUGCAUCACGCUACAGUCGGAAGACUCGAGUAUCGUUGCGCGUCUUCGCCCGAUAAACGACGAUUCAUUGACGUUCCUAUGGAGUCUUAUGGACAGGCGUUGCCCUUGAGAGUGGCCAUUCAACACGGCUCUCCGGAUAUUCUUUUGAUCAUGCUCCGUUACGGGGCCUCGGUCGAGUCUGACAAAUUGGCUCCCUCUCCGCUCGAGAUGCUCCUGAACAAGCUGAGCGAGUACGACGCUCAACCCGGCCAAGAUCAGAUCGUGUACCCAGAACACUUGCUACUUUGCUUGAAACUCGUGCUGAGAACCGUGACGACUGCUUUCGUGAAGACGCCUGGACACAUAGCCGAGCAGAGCGGCAUUUUCAGCGUUUCCAUUUACGAACAGUACCCAACUCUGGUUGAGCAGAAGUUGGUGCCGCCGGAGAGAAGUGGCAUGAGUCCGCCGGAACUGAGGCAUCUUUGUCGUUGUCGCAUCCGAGAGACUUUGUUCGAGAACUGGGCGUUGCCGCACGGGAUUCAGAAGCUUCAGAUCCCGGAUUCGCUGAGGAAUUACUUGGACCUUCUCGGUGAUUGAGAAUACUGCGCAGAGGUGAUUACCUCUCAUGGCUGAAUGGGUUUAGGGAUUUUAAUCAUUGGGAAUUGGGGCUUUUUGGGAAUUGAUCUGUUUCGUGUAAAAAUGGAUAUAGUAAGUUUCAGCGAAUUUUCGAACUCUUACAAUCGGGGCCUUAUAAUACGCGUAUAAUGAUUGUAUUUUUUAACUUUAGCUUCUCAAGUGACUCAAAGUGUAUUUGAACCUUUCCGAAUUAUCUAUGUACGUGCUGUAUGUGUUGCGUGUGUUGCAUAGAUGUAAGUUAGGACAUUUUUAGCUACGUAUAAAGUGACCUUAAGAUAUUUGGAAAUUCAAGUAUUACGUGUAUUCUAUGCGAUAAUGUUUCUGUCUGGAAUAAAAUAAAUUCAAAAAUUUAUCAAAUAUAGUUUAAGGUACAAAGUUUAAAUUUCAUGUGUACGAAUUACAGAAUUCAUAAUA